AUGCCAGCUGCACCUGUUAAACAGCACAGCCCAAUUACAAUCACUGUGACUACCAAAGGUUCUGCAUCACUUGCCCAUCAACAAUAUGAUCCAAAGGCAAUCACUGACAAAAACAACGGUAAUAGGUUAAGAAGUAUAUAUUGUUGCAAUAUUAAACAACUCCCCAACAAUCCAAGCAUUUUAAAGAAAAUGCCUUCUUGUGAAUACUGUGGGGCAAAAAGAUUUCAGUAUGAAUCACCAGGAUUUUGCUGCAGUAAUGGCACCGUUAAAUUAGCAUCACAUGAAAUGCCUACAAAAUUACUAAAUCUGUUGUUAGGAGACACUGCUGAAUGCAAACAUUUCCGUACCUACAUUAGAAUGUACAAUAACAUGUUUGCAUUUACUUCUCUUGGAGUAAAAUAUGACAAAGAGCUAGCAAAAAGAUAUCAUGGUAUAUACACCUUUAGAGUUCAAGGACAAAUGUAUCAUUUCACUGAUAAUGUAUUACCUUCAAAUCAACAACCAAGAAAUCUACAAUUAUAUAUUUAUGAUGAUGAUACUGAAAUGUUGAAUCGUAUGGCCUCUUCCAGUAUUGCUGAUCAAUCAGUUGUUCAAAAAUUAAUGAAUAUAUUAAAGAUAAAUCCUUACUGUAUCUUUCUAAAAUCUCUAAUGCAAGUUCCGAAAGUACCAAACUUGUAUAUUGCACUCAAUUGUGACUCUACAUUAAAUCAGCAAGUUUAUAACCUACCGACAGUUUCAGAAGUGGCGGCAAUAUGGUUAGACCAACAACCAAACAAUAGUAGCUCUACACCACAUAUUCAAAUUUAUCCUUGUAGCAACACCAAUCAAUUAGUCAAUUAUUACUAUGGUUGCUAUGAUCCUUUACAGUAUCCAUUGUUAUUUCCAUUUGGUCAAAAUGGUUGGCAUUGUGGAAUUAAAAGAGUUGAACAGAUUUGCAAGAAAAAAAUUCGAUCUCAAUGUGAAAAUGAACAACUUCCAAGUUUAUCAAGUAUGUGUUCUAUUGAGGGACUGCUUGAUAUGGAAGCUAAAGUACUACAAAAAGGAAAACGAAAAAGAGAUGACAUCUCUUGUCGUGAAUACUAUUGUUAUAAAUUUCAAAUGAGACAUAAUGAAAUAAAUGGAGUAUUACAUUCAGGAAGACUUUUCCAACAAUACUCAGUUGAUGAGUUCAUAAAAAUUGAAACUCAAAGGCUAGAUUUUGUCUCCUAUAAUCAGGAUUUAUUUCGGACUGAUCCAUUACAAGGGCUUAUUGAUUUUCAUAGACAUGGUGACAGAGAUGCUUCAAAAGUAGGAAAACAAACGUUUCUUCCUGUAAGCUUUACAGGAGGUCCUAGAGAUAUGCGUCAACGUUAUAUGGAUGCUAUUACGUUAGUUCAACAUUUUGGAAAACCUGAUAUAUUUUUGACUAUGACUUGUAAUCCUUCUUGGCCAGAAAUAGAAGAAUAUUUACUGUCAACGGAUGAAGCUCAAAAUAGACCUGAUUUGAUUUGCCGAGUAUUCAAAGCAAAAGUUGAAGAGCUAAAAACAGAUAUAUUAAAAAAAAACAUAUUUGGAAAAGUUGUUGCACUUAUGUACACUAUUGAGUUUCAAAAACGAGGCCUUCCACAUGCUCAUUUUCUUCUAAUUCUUAAUGAUGAUUUCAAAUUAAUUACUCCCGAAUCAUAUGAUCAAGUUGUUUCUGCUGAGCUUCCUAAUAUAAAUGAAAGUCCUUACUUACAUAAACUUGUUAAAAAACAUAUGAUGCAUGGUCCUUGUGGUUAUUUAAAUCCUACAAAUUCAUGUAUGAAGAAAAAAGGAAUUUGCAAAUUCAGGUACCCAAAGAAUUUUGCUGACAAAACAACAAAAGGAAAAAACUCAUAUGCAGUCUAUAGAAGAAGAAAUACAGGCGAGCAUGUCGAGAGGCUGUAUGUUAUCAAAUGCCUUAUAGCUUGCGACAUCUGUUUGCUACAAUAUUAG